AGUCACUUUCACACGUCUCCGUGUGUGUGUCCCCCCCCGCGCGAGCUCGCGCGCUCGCCGAACCGACUGGCGUGACAGCAGCUCAGUAGCCACCGGACGGCGAUCAUGCCAACAAGCUGCUUUGCGCCAUCAUGCCGUCUCUGAACCGACUGAUUUUGCUGGCGCUCGCGUCGGUAGCGUUGGCCGUCUCCAUGGUCGGCGCGACAUUGACGCCCAAAGCGCCGAACUUUCAAUACUUCGAAAGACCAAAGUAUAGAUAUCCGUAUUACGACGAACAUGGCCGCGGCCGACUUUUGUACGGAUACGGCGGACAGGACCUGUACCAAUACAAGUCGUACUCGCCCUUGGAGGGCAUUCACUGACGACCGCAUUAAAUAAACUCACCACCGCUCCGUCACCGACCUGCCAGCCAUCACCGUGGUGGCACCGUGAUGGCGGUCUUUUCGUUUCACCCGCCGUUCAGACGUGUCCCAGUAGUAGUGUUUUCGGUGUUUUAACAAUAAGCGUGUAACUUUUUUGAAUACACAAUAUCAUUAGACGAUGAAUAGAGUGUUUUUUUUUUUUUAAAUUAAUUUUAAAAAAAAAACAAACUUAAAAAACCCUUUAAAUUUAAUUUAAUAAUAAUAAUGUCGGUUUAUAUAAAAUUAGAAUAUUGUAAAACUAAGAGAAAUCCUCUGACGAGGCUCGCUGGUGGUUCGAAUGUUACCAAAAAUUGGCAGCAGACGCGUUUGCAUUCUUUUACGAAUUUGAUAUAAACAUGUUUUAAAAAAUAAAAUCGAUGGAAAGCUGUAAAAAAAAAAAAAAUACAAACGCCAACAUCGGUUCUAGAAAUUCGUAAACGAAUAGCCCAAUAGAAAAAAUAACGGUCUGCCGUCCGGUUGUAUCUUAAUAAGUAGAAUCGUAUAUUAUGUUAAAUUUUAAGCAAAAUAAAUAAAACGACGAUCAUCGUAAAUGAUCGGUAUUUGUUAUCUUUAAUUUUUUUUUUUUAUCUAUUUUAUAAUAUACUCUCCCUAUAUAUUCUAAUAAAUAUAAAUACCUAUGUAUAUGAAUAAUUUUAAAACUUAAAUAUAUUAUCUCUUAACGCGUACGUAUUAUGUUAUACACACGCGGUGUAUAUAUGUCGAUAAUAUUAUAAUGUCGAUCAAUUAGCUUAAGAGGUAUUGUGAGAGGUAAUUUUUAAUACCUAUAUACCUAUACUAUAUUAGCAGUAAAUAAAAUAUGUAUAAUUCACCGAGAAACGUCUAAACGGCUAUAUGAAAUCAAAAACACCGCCACAACAAAACUCAUACACAUAAGUCAUACCUACACAUACGACACACACUUACGAUAAUUAUAUAAUUAUUGCCCUGAACAUGAUCACAAAAAUAAUAAGAAAUAUAUUAUAAUAAUAUGUAUAUCUAUAAGGUAAAAUGUCAAUUGUUAAUUUUAUUAAUAUAAAAAAAAAAUUGUUUUUUAUUUUUCUGUUCUCACGAAAUAAGAUAAAAUAAUUAAAUGUUGUUAUAAUCCAUCAAUUUAUUCUAUGAAUAGUUGCAUUGUGUGUUAUUGUAAUUAUUUUAAGAAACAAAAAGUUUGUGUAAAAAUAUAUAAAUAUUAAAAUAUAAUAUACAAUUUGUUGCAGUUUACAAAAAAUAAAA